AAGAAAAAAUCUUUUUAUCAAAUAAUGUCUCAAAGACCACCCGCACCAUCAAGUAAAAAUAUUAAUCUCUACAUUUUUAGAUCAACCUCCUCAACAACCCCAAGCACCAUAAUAUCAUCCAUAAGCACCACAAUAUGCCCCUCAAUACGCCCCAUAAUAUGCUGCUCCUUAAUAUGCUCCUUAAUAUGCUCCUCAAUAUGCCCCUGCCCCCUUAGCCACAUAUCCCGCAUAAUAUGCUCCUGCAUACGCUCCCGUUGCCCCACUAACAUACAGCGUCGCCAGACCAGUGGCCCCAGUUGUCGCUCAACCAGUCGUCGCUUAACCAGUCGUUCAAGCCCCAGUUUUACAAUAAUCAGUCAUUGCUCAACCAGUCGUUUAACAACCAGUCCAUGUAAACAAAAAUUUCAAAUUCAAAUUAGGCAACAAUCAAGGGAGAAUCAAGAAUCGAAUACGUUCCCUACCAAAAGGCUGUGAUGGAAUAUGAAGAACAAGAAGUCGUUCAAUAUGUCCCAAGAGAAAGAAAAGUCACAGAUUAUUAUGCAGUUGAAUAUUAAACAGAAUACGUCCCAUAAGUGUUCCAAGAGAAAUACACAGGUAUUCGAAUAGCCUACUAAAUUAUUAGAGUACGUCCCAGUCGACAGAUAUCAAGAGAGAGUUGAAUACUAUCCAGUUGAGAGAUAAGUUGUUCAUGUACUUUUCACUUCAAUUAACUUUUUAGUAAUAAGUCGUCCAACAACCAGUUGUCUAAUAAGUGGUCUAAUAACCAGUUGUUUAAACAGUUGCACCAUAACCAGUUGUUUAAUAAAUUGUACAAUAACCAGUCAGUGUUGUCCAACCAGUUUAGACCUAUCCAGUCUAAUAUGCUGCCCCAAUUAUUUCCUCAAGAGUGAUUCCAUCAUACCCUCAAUAUCCUUAAUAUCACCCAGCCCCAUAAUAAGUUUAAUAAUAACCUCCCAGAUCAAAUUUGAACAAUAACAUUUGAUCAAUUAUAAGUACAUCAUAAAAAAAUAAUUUUGCUUAUUAAUUUU